AUGAUGGUUCCUCUUCUCCUUCUUCUCCUGUUCGCAACAGGACACGUCAGCAGUUGGGACGUCAUAGCGCAUCCGGAUUUGUCUGAUGAAGCGGAAUUGGGAGACAGAUAUCCUGAUUGGUUAUCGUUUCCAGAAGUGCCUACGGAUUCUGAAGAGCAAGAAAGUAUGUAACGUUAUUAUGCAGUUCCACGUCAUCAUUUUCUCAUUUUUCCAGCACAUCUCCAAACUCUGCUCGCUCCUCUUGACACCCCGGAUACUGACCCAGGUUAUGAGGUUAGAGAGCCUAUCGUGCAAACCCCGUUGGACGAUGACGAUCUGGAUUUGGUCCUUGCCUACCUUCAGGACGAAUCUUUCAACAAGACUGGACAACUCCGUUACGCGUCCGUUCCGGACAUCGAGGAUCAGCUCGUCGUCAGCAUCCUUGACGUCAUAUUCGGGAGUUCAGUGUAUCUCCGUCUUCUGAACAAUCCUCGAAGAGAAGCGAUGGAAACUGCUGUCAGGGAGAUGCUCCGUAUUCCGACGCAAGAAGUUUUGAAGCAACAGUUGCUGCACAAGAUCCUGGCGAGCCGCGCGGUCUACUCCAAGUACGUUGAGCCGAUGAUCGAGGACAACCAACGACAGAAGCUGCUCGAUUUCGCUCAACAUCUUCUCGACGCGCAUGAAAACGGAACACUCUCCACGAAUGACACUAAGGAAUUCGACAAGAAGUUGAACAAUUUCGCAUUCUUCAACCGUCCAGAAGAUAGGGAGUUCCGUGAGAAGUUCGAUGAGCUACAAAAAGUUUUUGGAAAGUCGAUGAAUGUAACUGGACUUAAAACAGGUCUGAGAAAGAUUUAAUCAUGAGUAAAAGUAACAAAACAGUUUUUCAGAACAGACUGGGAACAUCACUGCUGUUGAGUCAAAUAAUGGAACGUCGGAUAGUGUUUUGUCAACAACCUCAGUCGCGAACGUCACCGAACUCCCGGACUCGUUGCCACCGAACUCGAGCCGCGGCAACAGCAGUGCCACCGUUUUUAUCCCUGAUGUCACGGUUAUCAACGCGACGGACAGCGAGGAAGAAGAAAUCGACCUCGAUUUUGGAGGUAACUGAUCACCAAGUCUUCUCAUUACUCGGUAAAGUUUUGCAGAUCACAACAUCACCACAACUUCUGCUGCUCCAUCAUCGACGACCGAACCGAAAAGGAUCACGGAGCCAUUUGACAAGACAAAUGCUACUACGGAACCAGCGGUGACCAGAAGAACUCUGGGACCGAAUGUUCCUCGCUACAUUCCGCCAGUGUACUCCCACCCCGUCAAGUCCGCGAAUGCAACUUCGAGCUUAUCUGGUCCAGUGAAGACGGCUGAGAAACGUGAAGCCGCAGUCAAUGGAACCGCCAGUGGAAAGAGUGAUCCAGAGGAGGCUCGAUUAAACAGCACAGAACUGGCGAACACCCCUGAGAAGAAUGCAAUUUCAAGUGAUCUGAUUGGUAAGCUAGUACUCGACAUGUCCUGAUAACACUAAUCAUUCCUUCAGAUGUUAUGAGCCCUGCGCCGCCCAAGACGACUUCGGAAAAGAUUGAAAAGCCAGAGGAAGAUGAGGAAUACAUGACGGACAAAGAGAAAGAAGCAGCUGAGAAGAAGAAGAAGGAUGACGUCAAAUCCUCCCCUGGCCGGUCCAUCAUUGAUGACACUGUGGAAUUCGGUGUUUCGAAGAAAAACGAAACCACGGCGUCUGAUUCAAAGCGAUAG